UUUUGAGAAUGCGUUGCGGGCGCCAUGUUUUGUGAAGGAAUAGAAACCACCGAAAAUGAAUACAUUUCUGUUUGUUUCACCCUCCGUCGCCAAUAUUUCACCAAGAAAAAAGUCAACCGACGGGACAUUAGCAAAGCGGGGGUAUCAAAACUGUGUUUACAGUUUUAAAACAUCAUUGAUAAGAGACUGGAUAAGUCUGUGUUUACUGUCUCUCACUGUAAAGACGUGUAACCGUGAGUUUUUUCAAACUAAUGCAAUCCUUCAUCAUCUCACAAUCCAACGUCUCCUUGAGUGACUGAAUGCAACUCACUCUUGUUUCGGGAGAAGGGCAAUUUCGUUUCCAUGGCUUUUGCGAGCCUUUCCUCCAACCCCCCAAACCCCGUUCUUCACAAAAACAUGACAGACUCUGAACUUGCAGGGGACGAAAGGGAGGACGGUGAACUGGAGGAUGGGGAAAUAGAUGACGAAGGGAUCGGAAUUGAGGAAGAAGGGAAAGAAAUCAAAGAAGAGAACGAGGAAAAAGAAAAAGAGAAGGACAGAGAUGACAAAUCACGCAGGCGCUCAAGAAAGAGAUAUAGGAAAACGAGGGAAAAGAGGAGGUCUAAGAAGCGGAGGAGAGACCGACAGAAAAACCACUCUCCUUCCAGCUCAGAUAGCUCAGACAGCUACGAUUCGGAUCUUGAGCGCUCUGAGAGGCCCAAGAGCAAGAAGAACACGGGCUCAUACCGGGAGUACGAUGGCUCCUUUUCUCAGCAUGGCCAGUCCAGUGGGGGCCACGGCAAACUCCAGAGGCAGGCAUCGCACAAAAAUAACGACUAUGAUAAGUUCAGUGACUACAGCGAGGAGAAGUAUGACUAUGAGGGCGAGGACGACGACUUCGCUGAGGAAGUGUGCCACUAUCGUCAGGGCAAGGACGGUGCCACGCCCGGCCACAGCAAAGGAGGGCCGCCCAAGGAGCAGAUGAAGAGGACGAACAUGAAGGGAGUGCAGAAGCAGCAGCAGUACCUCGGACAGAAGGGGAGAGGACGGGGGGGCAUGGGCCGGGGUCGGGGCAUGCUGAACAAAAACAAGAAGCAGAAAGGCAAGAUCUGGGGGCGAGGGCGUGGCAGAGGCAGUGACCAGGGUGGAGACAGCAUGAAGGAGGAUGGCAAAGGCCCAUCCACCUUCCAGAAAAAACGGCCAAUCAUGACCCAGGAGUUCAUAAAUCAGCACACAGUCGAACACAACGGAAGAUACAUCUGCAAAUAUUAUCUAGAGGGAAGAUGCAUCAAAGGAGACCAAUGCAAGUUUGAGCACGACCUUGUUGUUCCUGAUAAGAAGAAAGAGUUGUGCAAAUUCUACAUCCAGGGGUACUGCAGCAAGGGAGAGAACUGCAUCUACAUGCACAGUGAAUACCCUUGCAAGUUCUUUCACACUGGAGCCAAGUGCUUUCAGGGAGACAAGUGCAAGUUUUCUCAUGAGCCGCUGACCGAUGUGGCCAGGGAACUGCUGGAAAAGGUCAGAAAUAAGAUAGAUGCUAAAACAACAGAUGCACAAAAAGAGAUCCUGAACACAGAGGGCGAGCCCAUGAAUGAAGACGAGCAGGAGGUGGAGGAGCUGAGAAAGCAGGGUAUCACCCCCCUGCCCAAACCGCCCCCUGGAGUGGGCCUACUGCCGACGCCUGCCCCCAGCAGCCCCCCGGACGGGAAGAAGAUCCCCUCGCUGUUCGAGAUUGUGGUGCAGCCCACUGUGGACCUCGCACAGAAGAUUGGACUCAGGCCGAAUUUCUACAACAGCUCGUCUUCCCCUGACCAUCAGUUCCAGGGGAAUGGGCCCCCUUCUCAGUUUGGUGGGGGCGCUGAGGACAUGCAGAGUACAAACAUGAUGUCCCCAGGCUCAAACGGCCCGCCUGUGCCCCCUCCCGGAUCCCCAGGAUCGAUGGGGGGUCCCCCUCUUCCCCAUGGAGGGCCGCCCCUCCCUCAGAGCCCCCCUGGGCAGCCCCCGCAACACGGCUUCCACCAGGGCACCCCGAUGCACCCUCCACCGCCAGGGCAGCCCCCUGCCUUCCACAUGAACCUCCAUGGCAACCGCCCUCCCCAGCCGAACCAACAAGGACCUCCGUUUGCACCCGCACCAGACCUGCAGACGCAGCAGAACAUGUCAUACCAGGCCAUGCAGCAGAACACUGCAGAGUUCUUUAGUGAUUACUAUGGCAACCAGGCCGUGGGCCCAGGAGAAGGCCUUCCCCAGGACCAGCUGGCUUACGGCUGCGGGCAGGAGUCCCAGCAGGGCAGCGCUGAGUCAGAGGGAGCGGUCCAGGUGCCCGACUUCCUGCCAGCAGUGCAGAAGGCCCUGUUCCUGCGUCUGAAGCAGAAACACCAAGAGGGCGAGGCACAGGGAGAGGAGGGAAAAAGGCCAAGGACUGGCAGCAAGGACAAAGACGACACAACAAACUGGUAUUCUAGCGAUGAUGAGGAUGGGAACAGCAUGACAGCCAUCCUCCGGUCUCUCAAGAAGCAGAAUGAGACAAUGAAGCAGCAGCAGCAACAUCCCACAAUGCACCAGGCCACACCUCCCGCUGGGCUCUGCGACCCCAGGCUCCAUAAAGACCGGGCCCCACCUAGUGACCCCCGCACCAAGGUAGACCCCCGCCAGCGUGCAGCCGAGAUGCGGAAGGGUGCGGACGCAGCUGCGGACCCCAGACUGGUACGGGACCCUCGAAAAAUGAAGCCUCCUGAGCCAAACGCCCACAAGCCAGAUGGCCAUCACCACCACCACAACCCGCCGCACCCCUCUCUCCCCCACAAGACCAGGGGUGCUGAGGAUGAUGAGGAGGGUGAGAGAGAGCUGAGGGAGAAGGCAGUUAUUAUUCCGCUGGAGCCCCGCCCGGGCGUGGCGCUGAAGGACCCGCGGUGUCAGAUCAAACAGUUCAGUCACAUCCGGGUGGACAUCAUCCUGUCCCGCCCUGCCUUCGCCCAGACAGUAGUGUGGGCCCCGGAGGACCUGAUCCCCCUCCUCAUCCCCAAGCAGGAGACCUCCAUCAACCUGCCACUGCCGCCUCUCAUUGCUGACGCCCGGAUGAACCGCAGUCUAGGGGGUGUGCUGCCUGAGCCUGCCCCCCUUGCCACGCCCUCCCUGGACCCGCGCUUGGCCGCCGCCCGUCUGAAGGAGGGCGUCAGCAGAGGGGGCGGGCUUGCCGGAAGGACCUCGGAGCCGAAGCCUUCCGCAGAGAAACCUCUGGACCCGAGGAUCAGCCGGUCCGGGAGCCUGGACUCCAAGCUGCCCGCAGUGAGAGAGUCCUGCCCGGGCAGCGGGGCUCUGGAUCCUAGGCUCCAGCGGGGCAGCGCGGGGUCCUCAUCACAGACCUCUGCCCCCGCCGUGCCCACCCCGCCCACCACACCCGUCAAGCAGGAGCCUGACAAGCUGCCCCCAUACGCCCCCCGGCUGUCCUCCACCGGCGGGGGGCUCGAGAGCCCCACCACAUUACUUGGCGGGAUCAGCCUGUACGAUCCCCGCAACCAGACUGCGCAGCCCCCGAAAGAGGAGGGGGCGGAUCCUCCCAAAAAGCCGGGCAUCCUGAAGCAGCCUAUGAAGCAGACUGCCCAGCCAGCCCCGCCUCCGGCACACGCGGGCGGGGCGCUGCAUGACAGCGCGGCUGCAGACGCUUCGGAAGCUGGCGGAGGGGGCCACAGCAGCUACACCAAGCCACCGCGCCCCCCUACCCCCCCGGCGCAGGCGCCGCCCCCCUCGUCAGCAGUCACCGCCCCCGCCGUGCACAACCUGCCUAUACAGGCACUGGCGGGGCUGAUACGACCCCCCUACGCGGACCCUCGGCAGGCCAGACAAUUGGGACAGACUGCGGCGGGGGCUCAGGAGGAUGAAGACACUGAUGGGGAACCUGACGACCGACCCCUGAAGGACGUGUUCAAGACCUUUGACCCCACAGCCUCACCUUUCUGUCAGUAAAGACCGUAUAUGAGAUUAAUCAACAUGGACACGUCACAGACUCUGUAUGUAUGAUCUGUACCUGACACCCCCCAAUUAACAUUAUUGAGCUUUAUAUAUUUAUUUAUUUCAACUGUAUAUAGAGGCAAGGCCUGUUUCAUAGAAACUGUUAGGAGUAUGAUAAAGUGGGUAUGCUUACACAUGUUUGUGCAUUGAUAGAGAUAGGGCUGUGCAUUUGUUCACACAUCUGGCCAAGACAGGUUGACCUGACAACCUAUGUGAUGUUGUAUGUGAUGCAACGCACCACGAUAUGGCAAGGUUGUGAGAACUUAAUGCAUUGGUCAUAUUCAGAAUUGGUUGGUGUACAACUAUCAAGGGUGUAUAGUGUAAGUGAUGGCUACAGUAAAGUUUAUUUUGUCAGUAAUUGUGUAUCAAAGAGAUGCUUUAUGCUAUUAUAAGUACAGUAUUAUGGUUUUAACUUUUGUGUGUGUAGAACAAGUAAAAAAAGGUAUAGAAACUGCCACUUUUAUAUAAUUGUACAGUGUUUUGCUUGUAAUUGGGCAGAUAUUAUAAAUCUACCAGAACAUCUAGCAAAAAUAGCAGUCUCACCUCUUUUUCCUGCACUCUCAUCUGUACAACAAAGGUACUAUGACACUUUUGUAUUUGUGGUUAUUGCACACUAUGGCAAUGAAGAAUGUUACAACGGUAAGAAAUCUGAUUUGUUCAAUUCAUAUGUUAUGUACAAUACUGUGUUGCUGUACGGUGCUAUUUCUGUUUAAAUUUAGUGGCAUUUUUCUUUUUUCCAGUCUAACCUAAUAA